AGUAACAGCGUUGGCUCGGACGCGGAGCUGCCGGCCAGCGUGGCGCCGGCGCUGCUUCUCCCUUCCCUCGCCGGUGCUUGUCUCCACGCCGCCCCGCAGGCAUGAACGGCGGCCACAUGCCGCCGGAGUUCCUCACUGACCGGAGAAAGCUAAAGAAAAGCCUUCGGUAGUAACCAAGGCGACAGGUGUCGUUGAAUCCAACUGUUCCUGGACCUCAAUGUGCGCCGCGGGCAAAAAAGAAUCAAUGAAUAGUUAUAUUUUUGUUUAAAAUUUGGGAUUUUUUUUAGGAUGACAAAAUAUUUAACGUCUAUUUUUAAUGUAAAUAUCUAUUUUGAAGUAAAAAAUAUCGUUGACGUACGAAGCCUUUUUUAAAAAAAUAUAACGUCAAUCGGGUUUUAAAGCCUCAAAAAUGUCCACCGUUUUGGAAACUGAAGCUGAGAGACGGACGGCGACAAGCUGGAGCCUUGUGAAAGGUGAACCACUGACAAGAACAUCGUCCUUGGAUGUUUUGGAACCCAUCCGAUCUCGAGAGAGGGCUAGUGGACAUUUAUCAUCUACUGACUAUCGGUCUUGUCAGUCCAGUCUGCAUGCCUCAGAAGCUGGAAACGAAACAUUUACAUCGUAUAAAAAUAAAAGUAUUUCUACAACUAAAAGACCGAGCAAGAACUUGGAGGAAUUAAGGAAAGAACUAGAAAGACAGACAAAAGAAACAAAGAAACUUCAGGAGGAGGUAGAGCUUGCUACCAAGUUAACAAUGAACAAAUUUAGCUGGACAUUUAAUGAGGGUAGAAGUUGCAGUCUCGAAGAAACCUCAUCUAGCCACAGCGACAAGCCAGAAAUGGACCGAUCCUUCACUGCAAGCUUCCCAAAUGUCCGAUCUCCUUUUCGUAGCUCAAUACUUCAGGCUUCUAUCUCAAAAACCCCUCGUCACAAAUCUCCACAGACUACUAAAUAUGAUGUGGAUUUUGUUGUAUCCAGGAAGAGCAGUUCAUCCUUCAGAAUGCCAGCUGUUGAGAAGUCACCGGAGGACUGUGCAAAUGAGGGAGAUCACGAGCAGUCAAAGUUUAAUGUGCGACAAUCUGUGAUGGACCUACAAUCUAAAUUACAAGAAUUACAAUCAGAAAGAGAUAGCCUGAUGGAUCUCAGAUUAAAAGAGAGCCAAGACCAAGGAGUAUUGAUAUCCAAGCUGCAUAGCACAGUGCAAGAGUUGGAAGCUGUUAACCGUAUGCAAGAUGAGACUGUUCGAGAUGCUAAUACUCAAAUUGAGCAACUCAGGAAAAAGGUACAUGUUUAUGAUACUGUGCUAAAUGACAUCCAUCAAGCAUUGGUACGUUAUGAGGACCGUACAGGCAAGAAAGUAUAUGAACAUGAAACAGUCUCCAACCUUCACAUCCAGAACUUGGGCACAGCAGUGGAUAAAGUUCUCAAGGAUAUGGAUGCUGACAUUUCCCAUCUCAAAGGAAGAUUUGGUCUAAUUGAAGAACAACUGGACUGUCUGAAAACUGAAUCACAGAGCAAAACUGAGCUAUUGCUUAAACAACAGGAAGAGCGAAUAGAGCAGCUGAAACAUGAACAUAAACAAGAAUUGUCAGUACUAACUGGAAGAGUAGACCGCUCUCGCAGCUUUGCCUCAAGUUUCCAGAACCAAGUGGAAGCCAUACAAGAACAAGCAAGGAAUCAAAGCAUAAUGUACUCACGACAGCUUACAGACAUGGAGUCCACCGUCUGCCAUCUGCGAACUGAAUUACGGGAAGCCAGAAGGAUGUACGAAGACAAGAUAGAGAACUUGGAAAAGUUGAUAGAACAAUCUCAAUCUGAGGUUUGUAACACCAAGAAAGAAAGGGAUGAAUUCAGGCAAGAGGUAGAAACCAUGAGUGGUCGAAUCCAACAGUUAAUGGCUGACAAUUGUAAAGUUGAAGAGGACCUCAAGGUGGCCAAAGAACAAAACCAGAAGCUGUGGGAUCAGGGCACAACUAAUUGCAUUUCCGUUGAAAACUUACAGCAUGAACUGGAUUGCAAAAAUCAGGAAAUUCAACGGCUAGACGGUGUGAUAAACAGCCUUAAGGAACAGUACCAGCAUCACUUACAAUAUCAGGCAUCUGUAGAUGAACAAAGGAAUGAAGACCAAGAGAAAAUAACAGCCUUAGUCAACCAAUAUGAGAACUGUAGAGAGCAGCUGUGUAAAACUGGAGAGGAGCUUAAUAAGAAGAAACAGCAACUUGACAAAACCGAGGCAAAUAAGAACCAGAAAAUCCAUAGAAUGAAAAUAGCAGAAGAGAGCAUCUGUGAUCAGUUUGAAGAAGCUGUUGCACACUUAAAGAAAAUGCAGAAUGAGAAUGAUUCACUGAAACUGGAGCUUAGUGAAAAAGCCAACAUGCUUACCGUUUUGCGACAAGAAAUGGAAAACAUUGCUGAAAUGACAUCGCAACAGAGCUCUGCAUCUGAGGCACUGCAAGCUGAAAGAAAACAACUCCAGAAGGAAGUAGAUUGCCAGAAGCAGAAGAUUCAAGAGUUAAAGAAUGAAUUGGAACACAAAGAUACACAAAUGCAAGAGCUCCAGGCACAUCUCAGUGAAUUGGAACGGGAGAAAAUUAAACUGGUAAAUUCUGCAACUGAACAAAUGUCGGAGUUGGGAGAAUUGUUACAGGAAAAGGAAGAACUUGCAACUGAACUGAAACACAUCAAGGCCCAGAUGAGUGAUCUGAAAGAGGAGUACAAUAAUUUGCAGAGGAGCUACGCUUGUAAAACCAAAGAAUAUGAAUGGUCUACAAACAAACUUAAAGCUCAGCUAAAAUCAGCCCAAAAUGAUCUAGAUCAAAACAGAGAGGCAAUGAAAGUUCUCGAAGGAGCUGAUGCCCAUGCAAUGAAAGUUGCCAUGGGAAUGCAAAAGCAAAUCACAGCCAAGCGAGGACAGAUUGAUGCAUUACAGAGCAAAAUUCAGUUCCUCGAAGAAACUUUAGAGAACUCUGAGAGGGAGAAAUGCUACCUAAAAGAAGAGAAAGUACGACUGACAAAGGAACUUGCUUGCAUCGUAUCAGAAAGAAAUAAAAUUGCUGGAGAGCUUGACACUGUGAAGUCUCAAGAAAAAUAUUUGAGGGAAAAACUGAUGAGGUUGGAGUCAGCAUUAGAAAAGGCCUGCCUUCGGUUUUCUGAUUGUCAAUCGCUUAUUCAGCGCCAGGAGCAGGACUUCAUGCGCUUAAAGCUACAGCAUGCAUUGGAAGUAAAGGAGCUUCAAGGUCCAAAUUUUGGUUCUACUACCUGUCCAUAUACAAAUGCUCGAGUCUGUUCCCCUCCAAUCUGUGUUAAUCAGUCAUCUUCCCGGCCAUCAUCAGGAUACCUUUCCACUGCAGUUUCCAAGACCAAUGGUCUUCAAGAGGAUUUGAACCCCGACCUAAACAAUAUUCUAAUGGACCUUAAAAGUACAGUCUGUGAGGGGUGCAACAGAUCAAGCAACAUAAAUUACAACGAAUAUGAGAGAGAACAAACAUCAAGGAAUACGCAUGCUGUUGAUGAUCUGAAUACAGAUGUCUGUAAGGAAAGAGGCAGCCAGGACACACUCUUUAGGGAACCACUAACGUGUACUUCAGAUGUGAAAGAACCUUUCAAUAUUGACAAUUUAACUUGCAGUGCAGACCACUCAUUACAGAUAGGUGGUCCAUGUUACACCUCCUCCAAGUGGGAGACACUGCCCGAGAGAUCUCCAGUGUCUUCCUUGCUAACUGGCUCUUUACCUCAGAGCGAGCAUGGAAGAGAAACUUCAGCCUUUAGUGAGUUGUGUGAUUCAAGGACCAGCUAUAUGCCAGCACAAUAUGUGGAAAAUGAUCCUCACUUCCAAAAUAAUGGUGGUGAACAGACAGAUGUUGCGGGACAGGCCUGCAAAAAACUGCAGAACAAACUGGAUGGUCUGCAAAACCUGGUGGAAGAUCUUCAGCUGAAGAAUCACGAGAUGUCCUCCAUGAUCAGAAGCCAAGAGAAGAGGAUAAAGAGAGUAAAAGACAGAGAGAAAAUGUUAAAGAAGUGACAUCCAGUUUCUGCAUUUUAUUGCUUACGAUGUAUGGCUUUUGACUCGGUGCAGUACAAAAAUAAAAUCUGCUGCUAUUUAAGAUCUUAUGAAAUAAAGUCUGUCUACUCAGUUUAAAAAUAGUUAAAAGUCAGUAUCAGAGAACCCUAGCUACUACAGAUCCAGUCACUGAAAUAUCUGUUUUGUAUUAAAUGGCUCAUUGCUUUUAGGCUCAAUUCAUUGUCCAUGGGAUAAACAGCAAAGUCUCCCAUUGGAGAACCAAGAGGGAGUGGGGUGGAUCAGAAUGACAAAUAACAUCUA